AUGAAGUUUUCUUGGGCUAAUAAACUGAAUGAAAGGAUCCAAAGGCUUUACGACACCAUGCUUGUUCUGAUGCCGCUUGAGAGGGUUGGAGAUAAUCCGUUUGACUAUUUUGAGGACGAGGUUGGAUGUAUAAUUGAAUCUGUGGAUGGAGUGCUCAAAAGUAUUAUGGACCGGAAGGCGGAGAUGCAGAAUGAGAUCGAUGGGGUGGUGGAGUCGAUGGGCAGGGAUUGCCUUAGCAUUGGAGUGGAGGCUCCCCGUAUACCCAAGCUCCUCAAUAUGUGUGUAUUGAGGGAAUAUGUGAAGAACGAAGCCAGAAGGAUAGCGUUGAUGAAAAGGGCAGUUGCAGGAAGGAUGGCGGCCAUUAGAGAAGAGAUUGAAAAGAUAAAGGAAGACAUCUUUGAUGUUGAGAUGAGGGGGAUUGACUGUGUGGGAUUGAAGGCUGUGAACGGAGAGGAUGAUGUUUCUUUAACGAGUUUAAAGGAGCUUGAAACGCAUCGGGACUUUCUGAGGAGCGAGCAGGAAAGGAUGGAGGGGAAUAGAGAUGGAUUGUAUGGGGAGCUUUGUGUGUUUUUAUCGCAGCUAUCGAGGAGCGAUCCUGACGUGGAGAUUGGGCAGAAGAUUUUUAUUCUUGAAAAAUUGCAUAAGAAAUACAAGGAGGAGAUUGAGAAGAGGGAUUCGGAGUUCAGGAGGCUCGAGAUAGAGAUAAGAAGAAGGGAGGGAUAUCUCGGAAUGCCCUGCAGGGAGAUUGAGAUGGACCUUAGCGAUGGAAACUUAGAGAUGAUGCGAAGCUACGAGAGCUAUCUUCGAGGGGAACAGGAGAGAUUACUGGAUGAGAUAUAUGAAAAGAAGAGAAGCUUGCUCAAAGGCCUGGUGGAUGUUUUUGGAGAAGACAUGAAAGACUUCACGAAGACUGAGGAGGGGAUUCAAGAAAUGGCUGAGAUGAUUUCAAAGCUUGAAUCCAAGAAAGACCUGUUUCUUUCGAUAAGAUCGCUGGCGGAGAAAAGAGAAGAGCUUAUAAGUAAGAUGAAUGAGUUUGAAAAGAUAGCGUCUGAUCCAAAAAGACUGUUCAGGUCAUCUCUGCAGCUCUUAAGUGAAGAGAAGUUCAGAAACAGCGCAUAUCCGAAUCUAAUAAGAAUUGAGGAGGCGAUAUUUAAGCUCCUGGAUGAGUAUGAAGACAGAUUUGGGAAGCUGAUCAAAAACGGAAUGGAUUUCAGGAGGUCCCUGAGGGAAGAAAUAGAGAGUAGGGUUGUGAACAAAACAGUGUUUAUAGGCCGGUUUGAUUCGCCUUCAAGGAAGAGGAGGUGA